AUGAUUCAAUCAUCUUCUCCGACUUUCAUCGAACACGUUCCGAAACGCCUUCCAAAAAAUACAACCCAAUCGGUGCCAAUUGUUCCCAUGAAAUUUGUGGUCAUUUCCGAUACACAUUUAUUGCAUGAUUUAUUGAUCAUUCCGAAUGGUGAUGUUUUGAUUCAUUGUGGAGAUUUUACCAAUUUGGGAUUGUCUGCAGAAGUGGAAAUGUUUUUUCAGUUUUUAGUGGAUAAGUGUGAUUCAAAGUUUGAACAUGUUAUUAUGAUUGUGGGUAACCAUGAAUGGGCUCCUGACGUGGUAGUUGGUACAAAAUUCAACAUUUUUUUCAGUCCAGAAAAUCAGAAAAAACUUCAUGCCAAGUACCAUCUUCUUUUGGAUGAUACAAUUACCAUCAAGGAUAAAAAUCAGAAUGCAAUCAAAAUUCAUGGCACUCGUUAUCGAGGAGCAUGGGCAUUUCCUGUGUUUUUCAAAGACAAACGGAAAAAGACAACCUUUGAAAUUCCAAGCGAUAUUGACAUUUUACUAACACAUUUUCCAUGCAAUAAGAACAAGCUGGAUAUUAUUUAUGAUGGAACUUCGAGAGGGUCUGAAGAAUUGACCAUGCUUCUUGAGUCCGAUAAUUAUUUCACAAAUUUGAAAAUUCAUUGCUUUGGCCACAAUCAUGAUGGACGAGGUUUCUAUUAUGAUACAACAAAAGAUAGACUCUACAUUAAUGCAGUUUCAGUGAUUGGAGAUAAGCGGGACAAAAUUGUUGAACAACCUUUUGUUUUUGAGUUUUGA